GGCGACUCCCGGCGGCGGCGGGGGGUGGGGAGGAGGCGCUAUGGCCGACGUGUUCCCGGGCUCCGAGCCCGGCGCGGACCCGGAGGCGGCGCGGCGCUUCGCUCGCAAGGGCGCCCUGAGGCAGAAGAACGUGCACGAGGUGAAGGAGCACAAAUUCAUCGCGCGGUUCUUCAAGCAGCCCACCUUCUGCAGCCACUGCACCGACUUCAUCUGGGGAUUUGGGAAACAAGGAUUCCAGUGCCAAGUUUGCUGUUUUGUGGUUCAUAAGAGGUGCCAUGAGUUCGUUACCUUCUCUUGUCCUGGGGCUGACAAGGGGCCCGACACUGAUGAUCCCAGAAGCAAGCACAAAUUUAGUCCACACCUAGGGAGCCCCACCUUUUGUGACCGUGGGUCCCUCCUUUAUGGGCUCCUGCACCAAGGGAUGAAUGUGACAGUAACCUGUGACAUGAACGUUCAUAAGCAAUGUGUGAUAAACGUCCCCAGCCUCUGUGGCAUGGACCACACAGAGAAAAGGGGAAGGAUUUACCUGAAAGCUGAAGUCAUUGGUGAAAAACUGGAAGUAACAGUGAGAGAAGCAAAAAACCUCAUUCCCAUGGAUCCAAAUGGACUCUCAGAUCCUUAUGUUAAACUGAAGCUCAUCCCAGACCCUAAGAAUGAAAGCAAACAAAAAACAAAAACCAUCCGCUCUACUCUGAAUCCGGACUGGAAUGAGUCCUUCACAUUUAAAUUAAAGCCUUCAGACAAAGAUCGCCGGUUGUCCGUCGAGGUCUGGGACUGGGAUCGAACAACCAGGAAUGAUUUCAUGGGAUCUCUUUCGUUUGGGGUGUCAGAGCUUAUGAAAAUGCCAGCCAGUGGAUGGUACAAGCUGCUGAAUCAAGAAGAAGGUGAAUAUUACAAUGUUCCAAUUCCAGAUGCUGAUGAAGAUGGAAAUGCAGAGCUCCGGCAGAAGUUUGAGAAAGCCAAACUUGGGCCAGCUGGUAACAAAGUCAUUACUUCAACAGAAGACAAGAGCUCAAGUGUGCCAUCCAACAAUCUGGACAGGGUCAAGCUGACAGAUUUCAACUUCCUCAUGGUUCUUGGAAAGGGGAGCUUUGGGAAGGUGAUGCUGGCAGACAGGAAGGGGACAGAGGAGCUCUAUGCAAUCAAAAUCCUGAAGAAAGAUGUGGUGAUCCAGGAUGAUGAUGUUGAAUGUACAAUGGUUGAAAAACGAGUCCUGGCACUGCAGGAUAAACCCCCGUUCCUGACACAGCUUCACUCCUGUUUCCAGACAGUUGACCGGCUGUAUUUUGUCAUGGAGUAUGUGAAUGGUGGGGAUCUCAUGUAUCACAUCCAGCAAGUAGGAAAAUUUAAGGAACCACAAGCAGUGUUCUAUGCAGCCGAGAUCUCCAUUGGGUUAUUCUUUCUCCACAACAGAGGGAUUAUUUAUAGAGAUCUGAAAUUAGAUAAUGUGAUGUUGGAUUCAGAAGGACACAUUAAAAUUGCUGAUUUUGGAAUGUGCAAAGAACAUAUGUUAGAUGGAGUAACAACCAGGACCUUCUGUGGCACUCCAGACUACAUUGCACCAGAGAUUAUUGCUUACCAGCCCUAUGGGAAGUCUGUGGAUUGGUGGGCUUAUGGUGUGCUGCUCUAUGAGAUGUUGGCUGGACAGCCUCCAUUUGAUGGGGAAGACGAAGAUGAACUUUUCCAGUCCAUAAUGGAGCAUAACGUGUCCUAUCCCAAAUCACUCUCCAAAGAAGCUGUCUCCAUCUGCAAGGGGCUGAUGACAAAACAUCCUGCAAAACGCCUUGGCUGUGGCCUUGAAGGUGAAAGAGACAUCAGGGAACAUGCUUUCUUCAGGAGGAUUGACUGGGAAAAAUUGGAAAACAGAGAGAUUCAGCCACCUUUCAAACCUAAAGUGUGUGGCAAAGGUGCCGAAAACUUCGAUAAGUUCUUCACGCGAGGACAGCCGGUGUUGACGCCCCCGGAUCAGCUGGUCAUUGCCAACAUAGACCAAACGGAUUUCGAAGGGUUCUCUUACGUCAACCCCCAGUUCGUGCACCCCCUGGUCGAAAAUGUAGCAUGAAACAGCAGAAGCAGGAACAAAUCCCGCCGUGGGGAACAGCCCCCAACCCUACAAUUUUUAGGCUUUUGCCUUGUUGAUUCCAUUUGGGCCUGGAAAUUGUAGGGUUCGAGAGUGUAGGGUGAGGGAAGGGCCACUUAGUCAGGAUUUGGGCUUUGCAACGGCGUUGUUGUCUUAAUGGGACAUAAAUUAGUGUACAGUGCCCUCUUACUCCUUCUAGAAGUCGCCACUGACUUGUCUAAACUUACCCAUUUUUUGGUACGUUAUAUAUUUUGUAACUUCCCGCUGUCCUUUUGCUCCCUUUUCCACUCUGUCGUGUUAGGAAAAAAAAUCUAACACGUGGUCUGAAUUAAAAAAAAAACCCACCUGGAAUGUUUAGUCCUUGGGUGCAGAUGCUGGAGGUGGGACUGUUCCUCCUGCAGUUCCCGGGGACUUCGGGGACAGGAGCAGCACGAGGGACCGAGCGACAGCACCAGGGAGGAGAGGCAUUGCAAAAACAGUGCCGAAAGGAGUUGUUUGGAAAAUGUGGCAGAAAAAGAAAGCUGGGAACAGGGGGGGGGGGGGGGGAGUAAAAUCAAAUCAGACCCUGAGGCUUCGUGAACCGAUCCCGUGAGAUCACAAACAAAAGCGCUCCAGUGGUGGCCACAUCUCUAGGGACUUGUGCUAAGUAGCAUGUGAUAAACUCAAGGGUGAAAUUUUGUCUUUAAUAAUAAUGAUGAUGAUAAUGAUAAUAGUAAUAAUUUAAUAAUACUUUUGUGAAUUUUAAUCUCCAUGAGAUUAUUCUGUGAUCCAGGGUGCCAUUGUUUGUUCAGUUGGUUUAAUUUACACCGCUCCUCGAGUUUACUGUUAACUGGUUCUAAUACCAAUAUUUUACUAUGAAGUUCAUUAACCUGGAAUGUAAAACAAAACUGUAAUUCCUCCUAAAUCUUACUUACAUGUGUUUAUUUAUAGUCUGCAGUGUAGAGCAGUAAAUUGAAAGCAUUAUGUGUACUAAAUUAACAAAAAAAUGCAGCCCCGAGUGACUUCCUGAUUUCUUCAGAAUAACUCAUGAAAAUCAAGUGAGUGUUAGUCUUAAAAUAAUCAGUUUUAAUUCAGAAAACUUUGGGCUGUAGAAUAAUCAAGCCUGAAAGAAGCAGCACCUAAAACCUGUUUUAUUGAUAGAAUGGAAUUUAAUACCUUUACAUAUGCUUCAUGCAAUGAAUUUUGCAUGUUUAGUAAUAACUCUUAAUAAUAAGGGUUAAUAAUAAGCAGAUCUAUAUUAUGGCAUAUAUAUCAAGCAUAAAGAGUAUUAUAAAACUUUUAUAAAACAACUCGUGCUUUAUUUGUGGAAGUUCUUGUUCUGAAUGACACAUUUAGAUUUAGCUAAAUGUUUUCUUGCUGUUGUUUUGAUUUUUACUUUAGGUUUUGGAUAUUGUUACUGGCUUAGGGUAUAAUCUCUUUUUUAAAAGUAGAUAUACUUUUAAAUAAUAAUUGCUACCUGCAGGUUUUAUACGAGGUUCAAUUAGGCUUUCAUUUCACAUCUGCUUAUUACUUGCAGAGAAGGAAAUAGACUUUAUUGCAAUGAUGAACACUGUAAUUAAUGCAAUCUUCUCCUCUCCUAUCACUUAGAGAAAAAAUUUUGAUAUUUCCUCUUACAACUUUACCAGAAGAUAUUAAUUCAAAUAUCAGUAAAUACGUUUUGUGCAUAUUUUGGUUUUGUUACAGCAUGUAAAAUAGUAUUUGGUGCAUUCCCCUUAUUUUUUUUUCCCUUCUGCCUUGUUCCCCUUAGCAGCCAUAGGCACUUUUUGUCUGUCAGAUGUGCAUGAUGAUGCCAGAAGCAUGAUGUCUCUGUUGCUGCAUGCAGACUGGUUACGAUUUUUCCAGCAUGUAAACAUAUUCAAAAAGUAAGAUAUUUGCCAUAAAAGACUUAAAUUUAUACUAGAAUAUGUAACGGGGGAGGGUGGGAGGGGGAAUCUACUUUCUAAUCCAUCUUUUGUGACAAUAAAACAUGGAACCUGUGCCAAAGAUUCUGUCAGAAAGAUCCAGUCCUGCCAAGUGGCAGCCAAGGGGGGUGGGUUGGCCCUGCAGGGGUGACCUGUGGAGAGGGGGACAGUUGUGGAGGGAAAUGUGGUUGGAUGUGAAAGGCACCUGUGGGUUGUCUGGGCACCCCUGGGGCCUUCAGAAGCUCUUUCUGGGCAAUUUUCAGCACUCCAGAAGUCCAGCUGCUGCCCAGUCAUAGUCCUUUUGCAGCUCCAGCUCUGAUCUUGGAGCAAUCAGGCUUUGGUGACAUCCCAAGGUGUGGGAAAACACACGGCUUGUGAGGGGUGUUGGCCAACUGUCAGGAACUCAGAUUGUUGCCUAAAUAAACAGGACUCCAAAUUUUUCACGCAUUUCAGGAGCAAAAUUUUUAAGCCUGUGUCAAAAUUUUAAUUCUGUGUCAAACAUGUUCUCAGCCAAGACUGGGAGUUCAUUUUCUUCUUUGUGUAUUCUAUAGUUCAGAAAUGAUGGUAUUCACCACAAAGCAUGUGGCCUAGUGCAGCAUUCAUGAGUUUUUAUUUUUUUCUGAGUAUUAUGAGCCUGAUGUAGUUUAGGAAAAUCAGAGUAUCAUGCUGUAGAAGAUAAUAGACUGAAUUAAGAUAACAAGUUACUGAGUGUCUCAGAUUUGAAUGAAGAAGGGGCUCUCAGCUAAGUCAGUCUGCCAUGAGGCGGCAUUGUGAGUGUUUUAAGAAUGUGGAAAAGACACUUUUGAAAAAGGAAAAUACUGGGAGAAAUGCCAGCACACGGGUUUGGGGCAUAAGAAAAGCAGAACAGGGGCAGAGCUGAACCAAGUCAGAAAGUAGGCAGGAGAUCCCGUGGGCACAUGUUCCCACAGGUCUGUUUUCCUGAUGAGUUGUCCAGGGAAGUCCCACUGCGGGCGGUUGUUCCCGGUACAGCUGUGACAGUCAGUGCUGUUCACACCAGGACACGGAGCUGGUCCAGCACUGGGACAGAGCUGCUCAUUUUCUGGCUGCUUCCCAUAACCAGUCUCUUCAGCACUUGGAUUUGUUCCCCAGUUUUUCUGAUGUAGAAGCAGAAAUUCCUCUUCAACAUCAUUACCUCAAGCCCCCGGGUUUUCAACAACUCUCACCGUCUUCUGUAGGUGUCUGUAACACUUAGGAAAAGGUCCUGUGAAUUCCUGGAUCCUGCAGGAGCAAGGUAGGGUUGGAUAAAGCAGGGGCUGAGUGUUUGUUACCCCUCAUUGCUCUGCCCAGUGCCCUCACACGUGAGCGCUCGCGCUCGGACCGGCCCUGUCCCAAGAACUCCCAGUGGCUGCUCAGAAUCCAAACAUUUAAAAUGGCAAGGAAAACCUUAAGUAUCCUGCAAGCCUUUUCAUAUCUUUUUAAAGGCAGAUGUUAUUUAUAUAAUAUUUUUCACAAGAUUUGAGUUUCUAGAGAACAUGUAUCAACAGAGGGAGAGGCAUUAGAGCUGCUUUUCUUUCACUCGUGUUCGAUAGCAACUGUAAUCCCAACACCCACGUUACCACAAAGAUUCCUAAAAGGAAAAUUGAGAAUUAUACUGCACUGAAGCUCGGGUAGAAGUUCUGGGAGCUGUGUUUCCAUCCCACAGCUUGAGUCCCAAGGGGUUCUAGGGCAGCCCCGUUCCUGCUGAGGUCUGCCAUGUAAAACUUCCGAGGGGUUUUCAGGGAUCAAAUGGGACUCAACUGGCUCCUAGGCAAAUUUCUGCAUUAUUCAGGCAUCUGGGUGUUUUUGUGCACCUUUGAGCCACUUGAGCAGGGUGGUGGGUUUCCAGGAUAACCACUUCACCCACUGGCCAGUCUUGGCGUUCUCAGCAAGGAUGGCACAUCCGUGAGAAGGAGAGAGCACACUCCAUAAUAAAAUACUCCUUAAUAAAUACUCCUUAAUGCAGUUUAGAGCAGAAAUGCAAUUUAGCUUUCUGAUCCUUCAUUCUUUCCAAAAGUACAAUUGAAUUUCCCUUUACAAACUGAAGAAAGUUCUUCUGGAGAUCAGCUGUUAGUUUAACAGAAACUCAUCACAUCUGAACACUGUUGGCCUUUGAAAUCCAUCCUGUCUUUGGAAGUGAAUUCAAUUGAAUAGUGCUGGGCUUCUAUUAAAUUAAUAACUCAAGUGAGAGAGGAACUUGUCUUCCAGCUGGAAAGGUGACAUGUCCAAGGAUUGAGUGGUACCACUUGCAAAGUCUUUCCUCAGCCGGUGCAUCCGGAUGCAAUCCCAGUAAAAUGCCAUAGGAGACAUGCAGGGAGCAGAGGGGGGAGAGCCUCCUUAUUGAGCAAAACACAUCCUUGGAAAUAAUAUUAAUAAUAACAAUCCAAUAAUAAAGCUUUGAGAUGCGUAGAAAGACCAUAUUUACAGUACUGAGUUUACAGUGGGCUUUUGGACCUGCCAGGGAACUUCUGGAAAUAUUUAAUGUGAUUUUCAGUUCUUGUAGUCGUUAGGAUAAGUUAUUGUACAUAGGUUUUUGUCUCUUUGCAGACGUGAGUGUGGGCUCCAGGCUCUGUGUCCCCUCUGUGCUGCCUGUGGGGAGGCACUGAGCUGCCCAGUAGUCCAUAAGCAGACGAGCUAAAAAGCACUUUUUUUCCCUCAGCUCUGCACUCAUAGAUGGGAUCUGAAAUAGUUCAGUUGAAGAUUAAAUAAGACUCGACUCCAUAAACAUGCAUGAUUUCCUCACUGUGCCAGUAACAAUUAGUAAUUAAACAGCCUUAUCAUGAAUAAUCACCAUGCACUACAGCCCUCCUGGUCCCAGGAAAACCUUGAGAGGGAGAGGCCACUUACGGACCUCUCUGCCUCAGUUACCUCAGCUGUAAAAUGGGGGUAAUAAUACUUACUUACCUCACAGGGAGGUGUGAGGACUUCUUAGCCAAUGUUUCUAAUACACUUUUAACCUGAAAAGAGUUGUGUAAGUAUUAUUAUCAUUUUUACUAUUAAAAUCAGCUUCUUGGAUUCACAUGGUACUGCUGGCUAUACCAUGCUGUUUCUACUUUUUUAUAGAACUUUAGUAACUCUGCUGAAGCCGUUUGGAGAGGAAUAAAAUCCGAUCUGGUAACGUUUCUUACCGAAUCUGGAGUCCAGCUUUUGUACCUGGAGUCAGGGUGUGGAGGGGGAGUGAUGCUGACUGUGUUGUGGGUCAGCUGCACUCACCUCUUUUCCAGUUACUGAGAUUUUUAUGUGCAAUUUAAAAAUUCCGUGUCAAUGGAAGUCUUACCAGAACUGAUCACUGGGAGGUGAGAUUCCCUGUGGAUAAAUAAGGUCAGCACAGCUGUUUUCUAGUAAUGUUUAUACGACUCCUGGUCCGUCCACGACAGGUUGAUACUUUCUGUUGAUAUUUUAAUGUAUUUCUGUGUUGUAUUUAUGUCUUUGUGUUUUUCUUUUCCUUGUCUGUGACACAGUAGGUCAAAUUUGAAAGAAAACUACUCCAGAAACUAUGUGGUUUUUUUCUCCCACUGAUGUCAGUUGACCUAAAUAAAUAAAUUAAAAGUCUAUUAAUGAUUCUAAACAGGAUGAGUAGCAACAGCAUUGAUAAUGCUCAGCCUGAUGCUAUUAGAGCUCAUUUCUCACUCAGGACUCAUUGGACAGUCCACAACUGAGAUUACAUUAAUUUUAUAAUCAUUACUGACAGGAACAUUUUAAUAGAAAGGAAAAUUAUGUUUCUGAUAUUUAUAUAAGCUUUUUCCUAAGAAUUUCUUGGAUUUACUUUCCCUCUAUUUGAACCCCAUGUGGCAACACUGCCAAGGGCUCCGUCCUUCCAGAGCUUGGCUGGGGCCAAGAGCCCAAAAUCACCAAAAUUAUGAAUUAUAUGUUUGUGUCCAUUGCUGUUGGCCUUGGAGCAGAAAAAAGUGUUGCUGCAGUGGUAACAAAUUUAAUCAAUGGCUCGUUCCCCACCAGGCCUUUCGUUUAUUCUCUCCCAUGUUAUCAAAAUGAAUGUAAAAAAAUUAAUUUCAACAAAAUGAAGCUCGUUGGCUCUUUUUAAAAUGUGCAUUUCCCAACAGUCUUUGGUUUUGCACAAUACAGAGAACACCUGAAACUUUUCAAAUGACUGUAUGUUACUUUAAUGUUCCCUUUUUUUAAACAAGGAGUAAUCCUGCCUUGAAAUCAUUCGUAUUUUUAAUAUUAUUUUAAGACCCUAAUGUUGUAUUUAUACAGAGGAGAACAUUAUUUAUUUUCAUAUCAUUUAUUUGCAAGAUGCUAGCAGAAAAUUUGGAGAGGCCAUUCAUUUUUCAAAAGAUUUAAAAAAAAAAAUACCAUAGGAAGUGUAGUGGGCAAGACUGAUGUACAAAUUACAGCAUCUUUUUUUUCUUUUCAUAAUUCGCAAUAUCUUCAAUCUUUGUUUGCAUGAAAUGCUUUUGUUAAAUAUUAAUUGUAGUUUCCAAACAAGUGUGUACGAAUAAAAAUACUGAUCAUUA